AUGGAAAUUGAUCCAAUCAACGUCGAGAAAUCGGAGCAGCUGAGAUGGAGCGUCUCGGAGGAGGGCCUGGGCCGCGUUAGGCUGUACCGCUGCACCUUUUGCCAGCGAGGUUUCUCUAAUGCACAGGCGUUAGGAGGCCACAUGAACAUCCACCGGAAAGAUAGAGCCAAGCUUCGCGAGUUUUCCGGCGACAACAACUUGCUUUCCCUCAGCGUCUCCGCUCAUCACGAUUCUCCGUCGCCGCCGCAGCGCGUUGAUUCCGGUGAUGAACAGCCUGCCGGUAGUCCCCCGGAGCGGCCGCCGGAAGAGAAAGGGAAAGCUAAUGGAAGGGAAGAUCUUUUGCUUUUACCCUUGUUCGUUGAGAUCCCAUCGCCGGCGGCUAACAACGGAAAGGAGAGUCGCAGUGUGCAGUUGAGCGACGACGGUUCACCGUCAGCGUCGCCGGCGUUGGACCUGGAGCUCCGAUUAGGAGUAGAGCCUCAGGAACACGAUUCAGUGGUGAACAUCCCGCCGAUCAACGAAGUUAUUAGCCAACACUAG